CCCUAGAACAGUAUACUUGACAAUCAUAAUACGAUGUGACGUAUGCUUGACGAUGUAUUAUCGCGUUAUUUGUCUCCAAAUAUAAAAAUAUCUGAAUAGUCAAAACGAAGUCAAAAUGAAGUUAACGAUUGUAUCAAUUCAAGUGUAUUUAGAUGAGAAUGAAAUAACAUAUUUAAUUAAUUUUAGAAAAAUAUAUUGGACUGAUGUAACCUAGAUUAUACUUUUGAUUACAUUUAAUUUCAUUUCUAACAUAUAAAGAAAAAAAUAAUACUGAUGUAUUGCUGACCCCACCUAAUUUUAUGCUUAAUAGAAUCGAGUUCGUAUAUUAAUAGCAAAAUCUUUAUACAUGCAUUAACGUAAGGAGUAAAUAGUAAAUACUAAUAAUAUCAUUUUUUUUUCAUCGCUACGGCUUACAUCUUUAAUUAAAAUACGUAGAGGAGAAUAGUCGAUUCUGAUUGGUAGAUCUCUUAACGUAGAAGUUGAAGAGGAAUAAGUUUAUUGAUUAACGUGAUGUCAUUAUUUCGAAGUAAAACAUUUCGCUAUGGUCUUCCAUUCAUAAUUUUAGUCGUCGGUGGAUCGUUUGGACUCAAAGAGUUUACACAAAUAAGAUAUACAUACAGACAGCGACGGGCUUAUUACCAUGAAGCAAAACGAAUAGGUAUUGAAGUAAAAAAACCAGGAGAAGUUACUUUAGAAUCUGAAUUUGAAAAAAUUAAAGAGCUGGAUAUCAAUAAUUGGAAAAAUGUAAGAAUAUCAAGACCUUGGGAGGAAUAGAUACAAAAUAAAUUAUUUCCUAUAAAAUAUACAAGAGUAGAUGUACUUAUGGUAGUGCUAUUAAUAUAGAAUUUAAAUAAUGCCUAUAACAAUAUAAUGCAAUUUUUUUUUUCAGAGAUGCAUAACAAUAUUUUUCUAAAUAUUCAUUCAAUAUAUAUAUAUAUAGUUCAGAUUUAAUUUAUUUAAUUCUAACUUCAGUACUUCAACUUUGCUCUGUAAAAUAUAAUAUAGAACUUUUUAUAAAUAUAUAACAUGUAAAUAAUUAUAAUGAAGAAACUUACUUUUUUCAAAUCCAAACAUAUUUAAUAAACUUAGUUGUCCAUGCUCAGAAGAUAAUUGUUUACUUCGAUGGUCUCGUUUGGUUGUGCUUUUUCUGUUGGUUCUCUGAAAAAUAUUAAAAAUUAAAGAUUAAAGGUAUUUUUUGCAUAUAAAUAUAUCUUUAUGAUAUUCUUGUUGUAGAUAAAUAAAUAUAAACCAUUUGGAAGCUUGUUAGUUGCUUCUUUAUCGUUUUACUAGAGUGAAUGUCAUUUGAUGGAUUUAAUUUAAUACUUGAAAAUUUAAAUGAACUAUUUGUAUUAUCUUCUACACUAUUUUGGCUAACUGAAUAAUCAGAUUCUGAAGUAGGACUGUUUGAUUGUGGCAUAUUACGAUUAUCGUUAUUCAUAUUAUCAUUUGCAUUAAAAUUUAUAUAUUCCACUUCGUUCGUUGAAGUAAAUAAAAUUUUUGACUCGUAUGUAUGAUUUGGAGAACACAUAUCUUGCGUUGUAAAUGUUUCUUCAUUAGUCAUGUUUCUGUUAGCAAUCGCAUUCUUAUUUUCAUUUACUAAUAUAUUCUGUUCUGAUUGUUUUGUAUUUAUGGAAUAUGUAUUAUCUAGAUUAUUAAAUUCUGUUAAAUAUUUUAAAUCGCAUUUUCUAUCAUCUACUUCUAUCUUCAUCUUUUUGGAAGUAUGACUUAUACAUAAUUCAUCAGAUUCAAAAUUAACAUCAUUAUCAUUAUUUCUUGCAUUAUUUUUAUCUAUGUCUUUAUUUGUAAAAAAUUUACUUUCUGUAAUUACGUUCUCAUCAAUAAUUGUUUUUCUAAAGUUUAUUGUGCGCCCAGGUCUUAUUCUACUUCUUCGUUUAAAUAAUAAACUGGGAGAUAUUUCAUUACUAGAUACUUCUUUAACAAAUGGAUUCGUUUUUCUAGUUAAUAUUGGAGAUUUUUGUUCAUUAACAUCAGACACAUUCUCUUUUUCUAAAUGUAUUGCAUUUUCAGAUUCAAUACUUUCUUCAGAUUUAUAUGUGUCUAAAAUAUCUUUUUCGUUUAAUUCUUGAUAAUCUGGAAUAUUUACAUCUAAAAUAAAAUAAACAUUUAAAUUAAUUUAAAACAAUAAUUCGUAUAAAUUAAAUAUGAUAUAAAUAUUACCAGGAUAUUCUUUCUUCUUUAGAUUAGCAGAUUUUUUUUCCGAAGUACAAAAUUCUUUUACAGACAAGUGAUGCUCAUAAUUUGUUGUUUCUUUUUUAUAUAUGUUUCUUGGACUUUGUUUUGGUUUAUAAUUGCACGACCAAAUGCUUAUGUGUUUUGUAAUUGUAAUUAACAUUUUUGGAUUCACCUUAUUCAAAUUCUUUGGAAAAUUAUCAGAAAAAUAAAUACAAUGUAAUAUUAGAAAGAAUAAAAUAUUUAACCAUGUAUUGUACCUGUUUUUUAUCAGGAUCAAAGUCAUGAAGCUUUUUAAAUGUGAAUGGAUCACAAUUACCAUAAGCAAGUUGUAAUGCUUUAUCAGGGUCUAUCUCUUCUCCAGCAUAAUGUAACUGAUCUUCAGAAACGUCAGCUGAAGGAGAAUUUAAACGUACUUGUUUUCUUUGUAAAGGGCAAAAUACUAAUUGAUGUUUGAAUGUUACAAAUGCUUUCAUAAAGUUGUCUCUAUAUUCCUUUGAUACUGUCAAAGAUUUCAUAUUAAGACAAAUUCCUAAAUUAGUAAGAGCCUGUAAAAAUAAUAAUAUUUACCUCUCUCUCCUCACUAUAUAGAUUAUACUAUAGUAUAAUAUCAGAUAGAAACUGACCUUAUAUAUAUCACUGUUUGAAUUCAUACUUUGAAUAAACUUUUUUGCUUUAGCUAAUCCUA